AUGAACAAGGUUGUUUGUUCGGUGCAUGUGGCAGUUUUGGCGUUCCCAUUUGGAUCACAUGCAGCUCCACUCUUAAACGUGGUGCAAGAAAUUGCGUCUAAGAAUCCCAGAGUCAAAUUCUCAUUCUUGAGCACAAAACGUUCCAAUGAGUCCAUUUUCGCGGGGAUUAUUCAUCAUAACAUAAAGGCUUAUAACGUGGAAGAUGGGUUGCCAGAGGGAUAUGUGCCUUCUGGUCACCCUAUUGAGCCCAUUAAUCUCUUCGUUGGUGUCAUGAUCCAGAACUUUAAGCGCGCCAUGGAUAAGGCCUUGGCAGAGACACACAUCAAGUUUACUUGUUUGCUUACUGAUGCGUUCCUUUGGUUCGCGGCGGAGAUGGCGAAGGAGAUCAAUGCCAAAUGGGUUCCCGUCUGGACUGCAGGGCCUCAUUCUCUUCUUUGCCAUCUUAUGACUGAUUUUAUCAGGGACCAGUUUGCCGCCGAUGCUGGUAAUGAAAACAUCGAUUUCGUUCCUGGUUUACCUGUGGUGAAGGCUUCUGAAUUGCCUGAAGGGAUAAUCGACGAUAUAGAACAACCUUUGUCAUCCAUGUUACACAAAAUGGGACAAACUUUGCCUAAAGCAACGGCGGUUGCAAUUAACUCAUUUGCUGAGUUGGAACCUCCAAUAGUGAACCAACUCGAAUCAAAGUUCCGAAAGCUAUUAAAUAUCGGUCCAUUCACUUUGGCAUUGCCACAACCAAAUAUCCCUGAUGAUCAAGGUUGCAUAGAAUGGUUGAACAAACAUGACAUUGGCUCAGUUGUGUACAUUAGCUUUGGAACUGUGAUAAUUCCUCCACCUCAUGAGUUAGUUGCUAUAGCAGAGGCCAUAGAUGAAUCUGGAUUUCCAUUUAUUUGGUCAUUCAGGGGAAAACAUGAUGAACAGCUUCCAAAAGGGUUAUUGGAAAGGAUUAAAGAUAAAGGGAAAAUUGUUUCAUGGUCACCACAGGUGGAAAUCCUUAAGCAUGAAGCUAUUGGUGUGUGUGUGACACAUUCUGGCUGGAACUCAAUCAUGGAAUGCAUGGUGGGUGGUGUUCCAAUGAUUUCUAGGCCCUUUUUUGGUGACCAGAAAUUGAACACAAGGAUGAUGGAAGGUAGAUGGGGUGUUGGUGUUCCAAUUCAGGAUGGGGUUUUCACUAAAGAAGCUACCUUAGCAGCAUUGAAAUCAACCAUGUCAAGUGAUGAAGGGAUGUUAAUGCGGCAAAAGAUAUCAGAGUUCAAGAAAUCUGCAAAACGAGCUGUUGAAACUAAUGGUAGUUUCAUAAGGGAUUUCAAUACUUUAGUUGAAAUUGUUACAAGUUGA